AUGCGAUCCCGCGACUGUGAGUGGGAGCUGCGAAACGAAAACGGGCAUGGCUGCAUCGCCACCACUACCUCACACACGCAAGCUAAGCAGACACAGCUUGCGGUCCUCUAUUUGUAUGUUUCUGUCGGCUUCCUCUCUCGCGUAAGGCCAAGCGUAGUUUGUACACGCAGGAUGCGCGCCUGUCAACUACUGCGCCGCGGCCACAUGGAUGUGGAGCCGUGGAUGGGGGUGAGCUGCUACCCCGUAGGGCCCUUGCUGGUCGGCGGCGUCCCGACCAUUCGCGCCGGCUACGACCACUUUAAGUUUAUGCGUCCACAAGCGCCGCUACGGGCUGUGGGGCUGGACAAGCCUCUGCCACCGGUGCUUUUCAACCGCAUGGACCAGAUCGUGCUUAUCGAAAACGCACUUGCUCUCCAGCGGACAGAGAAUCAGAUCUCAGUCACGCUGUCGCAGCUGGCGCUCGGCAUUCGCAACGCGGAGAACUUCCUUGAGAAGCAUCUCAUGAACAAGGAGGUGCGGCCGUCCAUCCAUACGCUGUGGUUCCACGAGGGUGGUUUGCGCGAGCACCCGCAUGUGUUGUCCGGCCUGGCGGCCCACCACUUGGUGCCACUCUUCAGCCUCAUUAGCUACGACGUGGAACGGGGCAAGAUGACGGUCUUCCAGGCGGAGGAGCUGUACGAGGAGCUCAUGGACUGCUCUGUGGCGCAGCCGAAGAUUGUGCAGCGGGAGCUGGCGAACCAGAUGGUGCGCGUCUACUGCCUGAACGACGACUAUAACAAGGCGAUCCGCGUGGUGGACGAGAUGUGGGCCAAGCACAUCCGGCGCACCUUCGUCACAUAUGCCCCGCUCUUCCGCAUGAUCCGCGGGAAGCGGGAUGUAGAGCAGCAGAUAAAACUGCUGAGUUACAUGUGCAAAACAGAGGGUGGCCGACUGCCCAAGUUCCUCUUCAUUGACGUGCCGCGGAUGCUGUACAUGUUCGGUGUGUUUGCCCGCUACAACUGGAUCCCGAUCAACGUCUGCUUCACCGUUGUAUGCACGGCGCUGACGCUGCAGUACAUGAACUACGCGAAGUGGUAG